UGUGGGAGGGCAGAAUCUUGAGGUGACCAAGUUGAGUCAUUCAAACGUGAACCACUCGCGUUAGAUCAUGUUCUUACUAUCAGAAAACGACGACCUGGUCAUUAAUGAAACAUCACCUGCCUGUGAUAAAAAUUACGGCAUCUGUAGCUUCAAUAAACUUAAAAAAACAGACAAGAAAACACCAGAGCCCCACAAGUGGGAGUAACCUUGCUUCCGCACAGCUGACUACGGGUCAAAGGUCAAGCAAACCAAGAUGGCCUCCGUAGCUGUGUUGGCAGUGUGGUUUGUAGGUUUGUCGGCAGUUUUAGCGCUGUUAAGGUUGUAUUUUGUGUUCAGAGGACUUGGGAAAGACAGAAACCCUACUGCAGCAUCCAGUGGUUCCAUCAGAACGGUAGUUGUUGUCGGCUCAGGAGGUCACACGACUGAGGUUCUCCGUCUUAUGAGCGGGCUAUCAGACAAGUACGCCCCUCGGUAUUACAUCAUCGCUGAGACGGACCAGAUGAGUGAGGAAAAAGUCCACAGGUUCGAGAGGGAAACCCACCCAGGGAAGAAGGAUUCGUAUGAGAUACAGAAGGUGCCCAGGAGUCGUGAAGUGGCCCAGUCCUGGCUGUCAACUGUCUUCACCACCUUAUACGCUACACUCUACUCAUUCCCUAUGGUGUUUAGAAUAUCCCCAGAUCUAAUUCUUUGCAAUGGUCCUGGAACCUGUAUACCACCAUGUGCUGCAGGACUUCUCAUGACAUUCUUGGGACUGAAGAAGGUGAGCCUGGUUUAUGUGGAGAGUAUCUGUCGUGUGGAGACGUUAUCUCUGUCAGCACAGCUGCUCUACUACCUGGCUGAUCACCUGCUGGUCCAGUGGCCACAUCUGCAGCAGAAGUUCCCACGUACUACAUACAUUGGAAGGGUCAUCUGAAUAAACGCUGAAGUCUACACUACAAUGGAACAUGUUUGCUUGGAAUGGAAUAAGUUUGCAGGGAAUAUUUAGCAAAAUGUAAAUAGACAUGAUCCUGAUGUAGCAAAAUGGGUUGUAGGAUGAUGUGUAAUCUGUGUCACACAAACUGGCUAUGCCAGCCCCUCACCGUGGGGCUGGCUGGAUGUUAACUCUACAAUUUUGUAUAAACUAACAUACUACAAUAAAUAAAUGUGAUGCAGCAUUUGCUUCCUAAAGGUAAACACUGCUUUUACACAUGAGGAGAAAGUUUGUUGGAUCUCAAUUGUUGUGCACAGCUUUAGAUUUCAGAACUGGAUUCCUUAUGUGUUGAUUAGAAAUUCUCAUAAUCUGCAAUAAAGGAAAUA